GCAUCUGCGGCCUCGGCUUCACGGUCCUGGCGGCGCGGCCUCCGCGGGCCCGGGGCGGCUGGGGGCGCGCAGCUGAUCCCGGAUCCGGAGUUUCCCCGCACAGGACCGGGAUCGAGGUCGGCCGUGGGCCGCAGCUGCUCGGUGAGAGACUCGCGAACUUGGCUUUGGAAGUCCCGGAAGCCGGAUCCACCAGGCGCGGAACCCGGAACUUAGACGGAAAAGUCCCGGAGCGGAGUCCACGCGGAGCCCGGAGUGCGGAUCGCGCCUCGCCGGACGGGACGGAGCCAUGUCGGGCCGCGGCGCGGGCGGCUUCCCGCUGCCCCCGCUCAGCCCUGGUGGCAGCGCGGUGGCCGCGGCCCUGGGAGCGGCGCCUCCGCCCGGGGGCCCCGGCAUGAUGCCCGGGCCGGCGCUCAGGGGCCCGGGGCCCGCGGGAGCUGUGGGGGGACCCGGGGCCGCCGCCUUCCGCUCCAUGGGCCCCGCGGGUCCGGCGGCGCAGUACCAGGCCAACAGCAGGAUGGAGGGGAUGGGCUGUGGGCCCCGCAGAGCCCUGCCACGCACCUAUGCACCCACCUUGGCUCACUUUUCCCAGAGGCCUGGCAUGUCGCCUGGGAGUCGGAUGCCCAUGGCCAGCCUGCAGGUGGGGCCCCCCGCGGGCUCCCCGUUCAGCGCAACCACGCCGCUUCGACCCGGCAUGCCGCCCACCAUGAUGGACCCAUUCCGCAAGCGCCUGCUGGUGCCCCAGGCCCAGCCCCCAAUGCCAGCUCAGCGUCGCGGGCUAAAGAGGAGGAAGAUGGCAGACAAGGUUCUACCUCAGCGAAUUCGGGAGCUUGUCCCAGAGUCUCAGGCCUACAUGGAUCUCCUGGCUUUUGAGCGGAAGCUAGACCAGACCAUUGCUCGCAAGCGGAUGGAAAUCCAGGAGGCCAUCAAAAAGCCUCUGACGCAAAAGCGCAAGCUGCGGAUCUAUAUUUCGAACACAUUCAGCCCCAGCAAGACAGAAGGUGACAACACUGUAAGCACAGGCGCCCCUGGGGGAGCCCCGGCAGGGGACAAAGUGGCUUCCUGGGAACUCCGCGUGGAGGGAAAACUGCUGGAUGAUCCUAGCAAACAGAAGAGAAAGUUUUCUUCCUUCUUUAAGAGCCUGGUCAUUGAGCUCGACAAGGAACUGUAUGGGCCAGACAACCACCUGGUGGAGUGGCACCGGAUGCCCACCACCCAGGAGACAGAUGGCUUCCAGGUGAAAAGGCCCGGGGACCUUAAUGUGAAGUGCACCCUCCUGCUCAUGCUGGACCACCAGCCUCCCCAGUACAAACUGGACCCGAGACUGGCGAGGCUUCUGGGGGUGCACACACAGACCCGGGCUGCCAUCAUGCAGGCCCUGUGGCUCUACAUCAAACACAACCAGCUGCAGGACGGGCACGAGCGAGAGUACAUCAACUGCAAUCGCUACUUCCGCCAGAUCUUCAGUUGUGGCCGACUCCGCUUCUCUGAGAUCCCCAUGAAGCUGGCCGGGCUGCUGCAGCACCCAGACCCCAUUGUCAUCAACCAUGUCAUUAGCGUGGACCCUGAUGACCAGAAGAAGACAGCCUGCUACGACAUCGACGUGGAGGUGGACGACCCCCUCAAAGCCCAGAUGAGCAGCUUCCUGGCCUCCACCACCAACCAGCAGGAGAUCGCUUCCCUUGACGUCAAGAUCCACGAGACCAUCGAGUCCAUCAACCAGCUGAAGACCCAGCGGGAUUUCAUGCUCAGCUUUAGCACCGACCCCCAGGACUUCAUUCAGGAGUGGCUUCGCUCCCAGCGCCGAGACCUGAAGAUCAUCACUGAUGUGAUCGGGAAUCCUGAAGAGGAGCGCCGAGCUGCUUUCUACCACCAGCCCUGGGCCCAGGAAGCAGUAGGGAGGCAUAUCUUCGCCAAGGUGCAACAGCGAAGGCAGGAACUGGAACAGGUGCUGGGAAUCCGCCUCACCUAACCGCUCAGUUACCCCCACCCCUCCUCCCCUUCCUCAGCCUGAAUGGGACCACCUUCUGGGGCCAGACACGUAGGAUAAGGAUGGGGCGAGGGGUGUCUCCUGCCACCCUCAGCUGUGUCCCCAGCUUUAGUGUCAUAGUGUAGUGAUAGGGGUUCUUGUUGCUUGGCCCUCAAGCCUUCUCUAGGAUACGGGCUUUAACUGGCUUCACAGCAGAGGCCUCCCUGCUCCCGUGGGCAGGCCCAGUAGGGCUGCUGGAGGCUAUGCUUGGACUUGAUUCAGAACCAGAGGCCGCUGGCUUUGCCUGUUUACAGGCCCCCUUGGAGCAAGGGGAGCUGGGCAAGGAAGAGGGGCUCGGCUUGGUUCUUCCUGCCCUUCAAAACCAAAGUUUUACGCCAUUCCUCGGAGACCAGGCUGCGCUGGUCUUUCCUUUCCCCUGGGCAUUUGCACUACUGGGGGCAGGCUUUCUAUGUGGGAGCCACUUUUUUUUUGUACAGGGGUAAGUUAGGGUUUUCAGGGACUCUUCCAAUCUAUGCAAGCGGCUAGGGCCGCCAUCAUCUCCCAGGAUGCCAGAGAGCCCUUGGGUGCUUGGAUUCUUUUUCUAGCCGUGGUGUGAGUGCACGGGGGGAGGGGGGGAGACUGUUGUUCCCUCUGGAGCUUGGGAAGGAAGGUGGGCCGAGGGCAUCAGGUUCCAAAUAAAUUCUUUUGUUUAUUGGUG